CGCAGUCAUGUCAGAAAAACACCUCGGCCCAGGCUCUGAUCUGCCACCAUUGAAGAAAGAUACCCUCCGUCUUUAUGGUAUGAGGUUCUGUCCGUGCGCUCAGAGGAUUGUCUUAGCACUGAAUCUGAAGGGAAUAGAGCACGAAGUUGUUAAUAUCAAUACCAAAAAUAAACCAUCAUGGUUUAUUGAAAAAUUCCCAACCGGUCUCGUACCAGUACUGGAAAUAAACGAUCAGAUUGUAUGGGAAUCUGUCAUUUGCUGUGUAUACUUAGACGAGGUUUACCCCGGCUACAAAUUGGUUGCCGAGACACCGUACCAGAGGGCACAAGACAAACUGUUGUUAGACUUGUUUCUCACCAAGAUUGCGCGUUCAGUGCACGCACACUACCGCUCUUAUGAUGGUUUAGAUGAAGAGCAGAAGGCGUUGUUACUUGAAUCCAUAGAUAAACUGGAAAACGAGCUGAAGAAAAGAAAAUCACCGUACUUCAGAGGAAAUAAACCUGGCCUGCUUGAUAUCGUGUUAUGGCCGUCAUUCGAACGUAUAGAAGGUAUGGAUGUUUUGGAUGGUGACUGUCUUCCUGCUGACCGUUUCCCGUUGCUGACGUCUUGGAUGGACGCUAUGAUGGAUGUCCCAGCAGUGAAGAAUUCUCUGCUAUCUGCUGAUCAACACAGAAGAUUCUAUAAAAACCUUCAUAGUGCUCAACCUCUUUUUGAUGAGCUGUUAGGUUAA